GGAUAUCCUCCUGCAGCCGUUGCCUUUGUACUGCAUUCCUGCGGACAAUGUCGUGUUCACGUGCUUUGCAUCGGGCCCCGGUGGACGGAUCUUCUUGGGCGGUACGGAUGGACACGUGUACGAACUGACGUACCAUGCAGCGGAGACCUGGCUUCACAAGCGCAUCUCAAAGGUCCGUUUGACCAGCAGCAUCCAGCAAUACCUCCCCUCCUUCGUUCCUUCCAUGCUGGGCAUGGGCGCUCCUCCGCCCGUCGUACAACUCGUGGUGGACCGGGAGCGGCACAUCCUGUACGCCCUGAAUGCGGCCUCGGGCAUCCAGGUGUUUGACCUGGGCACGUACGGCAACGACACGGCUCGUCGUGUGGCGGAGAUGUCGAAUUUGUAUGCGGCGGCUGCGGGCGCGGCUGGGGGCCGGGAGCUCUUCCGAGGGGCAUCAGCGGACCGCAAGGGCGCUGCCGUCAAGUACAUUGCGCCCAUCGCCACCAGCGAGUCCUCCAAGCUGCACCUCCUGGCUGUUACCGCCGAUGGACGCCGCAUCUACUUCACCACCCACCAUCAAUCCUCGUACGGCACGUACGGCAACAUGUACGGCAGCGGCGGGGGUGUUGGAUCCGCCGGCGGCGGAGGCGGUGCGGGUACUGCUAGCGCGGAGCGAGCGGCGGAGGCGGCUGCUGGGGGUGCGGCGGGGGCUGGCGGUGCGGGUGCGGAGCCGCCAUUCCCUCGCAGGCCUGAAACGCUGGUAGCGGUGUUUGCGCGGGCAGCAUUGCCUCACUCGGGUGUGGCGAGGGGACCUGGCGCGGAUCUUUCCAGGUCCGCGGCCCUCGAGAUUGUGGCCGCUCACUACUCGGCGGGCUGCCUGCUGCUGUCGGAGUCGGCUAGCGGCGGCGGAGCCAGCCAGGGAGGUGCCGCCGGUGGCGGGGGUGGCGGCGGCGGAGGUGCAACGAAGCUGCUGGCGGCGUCGCGGAAUACGACGAUACCGCCGGCAACGUUGAACACGCAUACCGGUAGCAGCGGUUACGGCGGUUAUGGUUAUGGCGGUUAUGGUGGUUAUGUGGUUGGCGGCCUGCGGGAGAGC